AGCAGAGCCGGACGCUCGGGUUCCCAUUUUUCUAAGUUGUUUAAUCGGCUGGCAUCAUCGAGGAAAGUAGAUGGGUCGACUCCUUUUUCUCCUCCUCUUCAAGCAUCGGCUGCAAUGUGUGCAUCGAAUCGAUGCCCCAACUUUUCUCUCUCCAAUUCGAACAUCGGUUUUUUUCCACACCGUGGCUGGUCUUAUAGUCGCUACGCGUUCCGUGCUUUUCGUCAGUGGGUUCCACGCUUCCACCGGAGACUGGAGUUGAACUGCUAGGUCGCUAUUCUCCGCGCUUGCCUGCAGCCGCAACAGCUGAGAAAUCGUCUCUACAAUCCACAUCUCGCGUCGAUGGCGGUGGAAGUCGUCCAGUUUCUGAUGAGGAAGUUCGUGGAUAGCCUCGCGGAGGAGGAGGCGGCCGCGGAGCUCCCUUUCAGCGCCCAAUUCUACGACAUGAGGGCCGAGUUAGAGAAGGCGGCCAUUUCUUCCGCCAACGCCGAUGAGCUCCGGGAGUGCCUCUACGAACUCAACGACUUGCUCGCCGAGUGCCGCAUGCUCACGAACCGGCCGAAUCCGCGGAGGUGCUUUGCCCAGUCCGACGCGUGGCGGUUCAACAAGACCAAGAAGAGGGUGGCCGCGGUCAGGCGCAGAGUUGCGCAGUGCGUGCCAAACGAUUCCGGUGGCAACGCUGCGGUCUCAUGGGAGGACGGCACCACAGCGGGGUUGGACCGAUGGACAACUUCUUGGCUCGAACGGAGCAGGAUCCACGGGUUCGACCAACAGCUCGCGGAGCUGGAAUCCAUGGCGUUCGGGGACUGCGGCGCGGGAAGGCUUAACGGCGUCGGCAUCGUCGGCAUGGGAGGCAUCGGAAAGACCGCGCUCGCGCAGCUCUUGUUCAACAGUCCGCUCGCUAGAGGUCGCUUCUUCCCCAGGAUCUGGGUGUGCAUGUCGCGCACCGCUUGUGUUGGAUCAGACGUGCGCAAGGAAGUUUUGCAGGGCAUGCUCAUGGCUCUUGGACACGAGGAGGAGGCCAUCUUGUCCAUGGACGGCGGCGAUAGCCUGGCAACGCUGGCGUCUAUUGUUCACAACCAGCUCAAGGGGAAGAGGUAUUUCAUAGUAUUCGACGACGUGUGGCACGUCGACGGCUGGUACGCUGACGUUGUAGGACGCCAGAACGCCUCACAGCGAGCCGACGGAUGGUCGGAAUGCCUCGCGUUCGGGUUACCCAAAGAGAGAGGCGGGCUGGUGGUCGUCACCAGCCGGCUGGAGCAGACGGCAGAGGCGAUGGUGGGGAAGAGCUGUCUGCACCGUGUGCGGCCGUUGGCGGACAGAGAGAGCUGCUGGGCAGUUUUCAUGGAUGCCCUCUCCCAGGAGAAAAGGUCAGUCGAUCUCGCCACUGUUAACAGCAUGAAAGAGGAGAUCCUUGAGACCUGCGGAGGGCUCCCAUCGGCGGCCAAGACCAUGGGAGACAUUUUCGCAAGAAGCCUCUCGUUGCCAGCAUCAACAUCUACUAGCCAGGAGCUUAGCACGAGUGACCGCAUCAUCACUGGUAACAGUGGAAGUCUGAAAUAGGCAACACAUCUGUAUAGUAGAUCCAAUGGUAGCGUAUCUGGUAACAGUACGCUCAAGCAUAUAUAUCUGUUAAUAAUGCUCGGCCAAUGUGCUUGUAUAUUCUGUAAUA